AAGAGGAAGCCAGUCUUAGUCAGUGCGCACAAUCGAUUAGUGCAAAUGUUCUGAACUGAUCUGCUCUUGGUGGUGUUUUCCAGUUCUAGUGAAAGAGGAUAAUAGAUAGUUUUCAUAAUGAAAGUAUUAGGCGUCUUUGCAAUAUGUGCACUGUUCGGUGCGGUGGUUAGCGAUGUAGUGCAAUUCAGUAACUGUCCAAAUACGGUUGGAAGCUGUAAAAUCAACGAAGUGCGGAUAAGUCCAUGCCCCGAGGCCGCAACUGGAGAAGCAUGCAAAUUCAGGAGAGGACGUUCAGCUGAAAUUCAUUUUGAUUUCGUACCAGACUUUGAUUCACCAACAGUAGAAGGACGAGUAUUUUGGGCGAGUGACAUCGAUCUUCCGUUAGUUGGAAUGGAAACUGAUGCCUGCAAGUUCACUUCAUGCCCUAUUGUAAAAGGCGAAAAGAGGUCAUAUGAUUUCACUUUACCAAUUUCAAGGAAAUUCCCAUCGGGGGCAUAUGACAUCAAAUGGAGGAUUACUGGAACUAACCCUGAACAACAACAAUGCUGUUUCAUUACAAAAAUAAAGCUUACAAGAUAGGCAGCUAUUGGUCUGAAUAAGUUAUUAUUAAAACGAGCAAAAGUCAUGUCUAUUCUCAAACUUUACAAAUAAGAUUAUAUAUGAACAUAAAAUCAAAGUAUUUUUAUCUA